AUGGAGACUCCACUCCCCCGCGGAUGGAAGCCUCUCCACCUAGAUCGCUAUGAUGGCAUGACGGACCCCGAUGAACACAUUGACCUCUUUGGCACUUUGGUCAGACGAUUCACGGCGCAGUAUGCAACGAGUCGACCUCACCACGUAACAUCGGCUGCUCUGGCCAGCCUCAGACAGGGCGACGACGAACCACUACGGGCGGUCAUGGAACGUUUUGCUGGCAUCUUGGUGAAGAUUCGCAACUUGAAUCCCGAGGUCGCCCUACACACCAUGCUUAUGGCACUCAAGCCAGGACCGUUCGUCGACAACCUCUGCCAAGAAGCCCCUCGCGACAUGGAUGAGCUCCGUGCCCAUGCUGCCGGCUACAUCCAGAUGGAGGAGCAUGCCGAGUUCCGCAAGGCAAUUCGCGAAAACCACAAGAAAAGCAAGACCAAG